AUGCAAAAUCCUCGUCAAGCCAACGCACCUUCCACGUUGCAGGCAAACACAGAGCGAGCGAUGGCACCACCGAAUGCUACCACCAACACCUCCACGAAGCAGCAACAGCAACAGACAUUGAAGCAGAAACGAAAGUACCUUGCCGAUCCAGACGACCAUGAUGACAAGGACGAUGACUUGAACGGAUACAAAAAGAUAUCAAAGAUUGGUGAAGGCACGUAUGGCGUUGUCUUUAAGGCACUCAAGGAUCAAAAGGUCGUGGCCUUGAAAAAGAUCAAGUUAAACUACUCGGAUGGGAUGCCUGUAACGACCAUGCGUGAGAUUGCUAUCCUCAAAGAAUUGAAUCAUAGAAACGUUCUGGGGUUGACUGAUUUGAUCCAACGUCCUAAUGCUGUUUAUAUCGUCACCGAUUAUCUCGACAUGGAUUUACGGAGAUACAUGAAUGAUGCUGGACGUGAUGGGUUGACAGCGGACCAUAUCAAGAGUUACAUGCAUCAACUAUUGUCGGGUUUGCAUUAUUGUCACACACAUCGUAUCCUUCAUCGAGAUUUGAAGCCUCAAAAUUUGUUAUUGGAUCGGCAUGGCAAGUUGAUUAUCGCGGAUCUCGGUUUGUCGCGUGCAUUUGGUGUACCUAUGAGGACAUACACGCAUCAGGUCAUUACCCUAUGGUAUCGUCCUCCCGAGAUCCUGCUAGGUAGUCGCUAUUACUCAACUGCUGUUGACAUGUGGAGCGUUGGUUGUAUCUUUGCCGAGAUGAUGAUCAUGCGACCUUUAUUUCCUGGGGAUUCACAAAUCGAUGAGCUUUUCAAAAUCUUUCGUAUCUUGGGAACGCCUGAUGAAGACGCGUGGGCAGGUGUUACAAUGAUGCCAGAUUUUAGUGCCACGUUUCCAGCCUGGAAACGAAAGGAUUUGAAAGAAGCGCUCCGACGUUAUCCACAAUUCCUAGAAUUAGAUGACUUGGCGUUUGAUUUAUUGAAGCAAUUACUGCACUACGAUCCUUGCUACAGGAUAUCUGCAAAGAGGGCUUUGGAACAUCCAUACUUUUACAGCGACAUCACCAAGGUCAAAUUCUAA